UAGACAGGAGAAAAGGUUCAUGCGAGACGUUUUUUUUGCUCACCAAAAUGAGCUUUGAUGACAUUUCCGUGAACUUAUGUUGACGAGACUCGGAUACCGAUAUGGUACAGAUAGAAUUUUGCGCCGAAUACAGAUUUUUGGGAAAAUGACCUGGCAACGCUGUUAUGAACAACAAAAUAAACAUCAAGUCGAUUUUGAGCGAAAAGCGAACGUUUCCUGUAAAUUGACUAAAAUCAAGCAUCAUACGAAGGAAAAUGGAAUUUUGCCUUGAACGAGAUGGGAUACUAAAAACGGAAGAACCAGAAAACAGUCCUGAAGCCUUUUUCCCAUCGUCCGCUCCAACAAUCGAUUCCCCAAUAAAACUAGAAUAUGAGAUUGGUGAUGAGGAAUUCACGCAGAUAGGUGAUCAUCAUAAAGACGUCUCAGUACCUAAAGGGGAACAGAUUUAUAGUUGCGAAAUUUGUAAGAAACAAUUUUCAUUUAAGAAAGCCUUGGAGGAGCGUGUGAUCGUUCAUACUGGAAACAAAACAAUUAAGUGUAAUGUGUGUGGCAAAGGAUUCCGAAAAUAUCAGCUAUUGAAGGACCACACAAAUAUUCACACCGGAGAGCGUCCGUACAAUUGCACUGCAUGCGAAAAAAGCUUCUCGUCUAAAGUGAAGCUUGCUCGACACAUUCAAAGAAGUCAGCGUUCGUUCAAAUGCAUUGUAUGCGGAAAAGAAUUUCAUAUUAAACGUUACCUAACUGAACACAUGUCUAUUCACCAUAGUUUGUACAAAUAUAAAUGCGAAGUGUGUGGCAAAGCCUUUAAUAAUAGUGAUAACUUAGCGAGACACCGACGCACUCAUACAAACAAGAAGUUUAAAUGCACCAUAUGCGAUAAAGAUUUUACCACUAAGCAUAAUCUAAUCACACACAUCAAUAUUCACGUGGAUGGUUUCGAACAUAAGUGCGAUGUGUGCGGCAAAGGAUUCAAAACUAGUUCAUUGUUGAAGGACCACGAAUACAGUCAUACAGGUGAACGACCUUACAAAUGCACUGUAUGUGGAAAAGACUUUCAUCAGAAAAGAAAACUUUCUAUACACAUGCAACUUCACACAAGCGAGCGACCGUACAAAUGCACCGUAUGUGGGAAAGGUUUCACCAUUAUGGCUUACCUAUCCAGACACUUGCUUAGUCAUACUGGUGAUUACGAGCAUAUGUGUGACGUGUGUGGCAAAGGAUUCUUCUGCAAAUCACUUUUGAAAGACCACGAAAAUAUUCACACAGGUGAACGGCCUUAUAAAUGCACUGUAUGCGGAAAAGACUUUCAUCGAAAAGUAAAACUUUCUGUACACAUGCAAAUUCACACAAGCGAGCGAGCAUACAAAUGCCCCGUUUGUGGAAAAGACUUCGCCGUUAUGGUUUACCUAACAAAACACAUGCGUAUUCACACGAAUGAUAAUAGGCAUGAAUGUGAUGUGUGUGGCAAAGGAUUUGUGAGUAGACCACACUUGAGAGAUCAUAGACGCAUUCAUACAGGAGAGCGACCGUUCAAAUGCAGUGUAUGCGAAAAAGAAUUUUCUGUUAAGCGUUACCUAACUACACACAUGUCUCUUCACCAAAGUGUGUAGAAAUAUAAGUGCGAAAUGUGUGUGGCAAAGUGUUUCAUAAUAGUAAUAACUUCGCGAGGCACAUAUGCAUUCAUACGAACGAAAAGUUUAAAUGCAUUAGAAACGAUGUCUGUACUUACCAACAUAAUUGUUAAAUAAA